CCCGGUCUUCUCCUGCACCCUCCUUCUUCCCUCCGCCCGGGAGCUUUCCCCGGUCCCCGGCGCCGCCUCCUUCCCUCCCGGCUCCCCGCUCCCGCGGCCGCCGCCGCCCCAGGGAAGGAGAGACGGGGGUGGGGUUUGGAGGAAGCGAGAGAGGAGGGAGAGACCCCGGCUGGGCUGGAGCCCGGAUUCGAGGGGAGGAGGGACGGGAGGAGGGGAAAGGUGGAGGAGAAAGGAAGGGGGAGCGGGGAGGAGCGGCCGGGCCUGGGGCCUUGAGGCCCGGGAGAGCCGGGGAGCUGGGCCGGCGCGCCGAGAUGCUGCUGCUGCUGCUGCUGGCGCCGCUCUUCCUCCGCCCCCCCGGCGCGGGCGGGGCACAGACCCCCAACGCCACCUCAGAAGGUUGCCAGAUCAUACACCCGCCCUGGGAAGGGGGCAUCAGGUACAGGGGCCUGACUCGGGAUCAGGUGAAGGCUAUCAACUUCCUGCCAGUGGACUAUGAGAUUGAGUAUGUGUGCCGGGGGGAGCGCGAAGUGGUGGGGCCCAAGGUCCGCAAGUGCCUGGCUAAUGGCUCCUGGACAGAUAUGGACACACCCAGCCGCUGUGUCCGAAUCUGCUCCAAGUCUUAUUUGACCCUGGAAAAUGGGAAGGUUUUCCUGACGGGUGGGGACCUCCCAGCUCUGGACGGAGCCCGGGUGGAUUUCCGGUGUGACCCCGACUUCCAUCUGGUGGGCAGCUCCCGGAGCAUCUGUAGUCAGGGCCAGUGGAGCACCCCCAAGCCCCACUGCCAGGUGAAUCGAACGCCACACUCAGAACGGCGCGCAGUGUACAUCGGGGCGCUGUUUCCCAUGAGCGGGGGCUGGCCAGGGGGCCAGGCCUGCCAGCCCGCGGUGGAGAUGGCGCUGGAGGACGUGAAUAGCCGCAGGGACAUCCUGCCGGACUAUGAGCUCAAGCUCAUCCACCACGACAGCAAGUGUGACCCAGGCCAAGCCACCAAGUACCUGUACGAGCUGCUCUACAAUGACCCUAUCAAGAUCAUCCUCAUGCCUGGCUGCAGCUCCGUCUCCACGCUUGUGGCUGAGGCUGCCAGGAUGUGGAACCUCAUUGUGCUUUCCUAUGGCUCGAGCUCACCGGCCCUGUCAAACCGGCAGCGUUUUCCUACAUUCUUUCGAACUCAUCCAUCAGCCACACUCCACAAUCCUACUCGUGUGAAACUCUUUGAAAAGUGGGGCUGGAAGAAGAUCGCCACCAUCCAGCAGACCACUGAGGUCUUCACUUCGACUCUGGAUGACCUAGAGGAACGAGUGAAGGAGGCUGGAAUUGAAAUUACUUUCCGCCAGAGUUUCUUCUCAGAUCCAGCAGUGCCUGUCAAAAACCUUAAGCGCCAGGAUGCCCGAAUCAUCGUGGGACUUUUCUAUGAGACUGAAGCCCGGAAAGUUUUCUGUGAGGUGUACAAGGAGCGGCUCUUCGGGAAGAAGUAUGUCUGGUUCCUCAUUGGGUGGUAUGCCGACAAUUGGUUCAAGAUCUAUGACCCGUCCAUCAACUGCACAGUGGACGAGAUGACUGAGGCGGUGGAGGGCCACAUCACCACUGAGAUUGUCAUGCUGAACCCUGCCAACACCCGCAGCAUUUCCAACAUGACAUCCCAGGAGUUUGUGGAGAAACUGACCAAGAGACUAAAAAGACACCCUGAGGAGACAGGUGGCUUCCAGGAGGCACCCCUGGCCUAUGAUGCCAUCUGGGCCUUGGCAUUGGCCCUGAACAAGACAUCUGGAGGGGGCGGCCAUUCGGGUGUGCGUCUGGAAGACUUCAACUACAACAACCAGACCAUUACUGACCAAAUCUACCGGGCGAUGAACUCCUCAUCCUUCGAGGGUGUCUCCGGCCAUGUGGUGUUUGAUGCCAGCGGCUCUCGGAUGGCGUGGACACUGAUCGAGCAGCUACAGGGUGGCAGCUACAAGAAGAUUGGCUACUAUGACAGCACCAAGGAUGAUCUCUCCUGGUCCAAAACAGAUAAGUGGAUUGGAGGGUCCCCCCCAGCUGACCAGACUCUGGUCAUCAAGACGUUCCGCUUCCUGUCACAGAAACUCUUUAUCUCCGUCUCGGUUCUCUCCAGCCUGGGCAUUGUCCUAGCUGUUGUCUGUCUGUCCUUUAACAUCUACAACUCCCAUGUCCGUUACAUCCAGAACUCACAGCCCAACCUGAAUAACCUGACUGCUGUGGGCUGCUCGCUGGCGUUAGCUGCCGUCUUCCCUCUGGGGCUGGAUGGGUACCACAUCGGGAGAAACCAGUUCCCCUUCGUCUGCCAGGCCCGCCUCUGGCUCCUGGGUCUGGGCUUUAGUCUGGGCUAUGGCUCCAUGUUCACCAAGAUCUGGUGGGUCCACACAGUCUUUACAAAGAAGGAGGAAAAGAAGGAGUGGAGGAAGACCCUGGAGCCCUGGAAGCUGUAUGCCACGGUGGGCCUGCUGGUGGGCAUGGAUGUCCUCACUCUUGCCAUCUGGCAGAUUGUAGACCCCUUGCAUCGGACCAUUGAGACUUUUGCCAAGGAGGAACCGAAGGAAGAUAUUGACGUGUCGAUUCUGCCCCAGCUGGAGCACUGCAGCUCCAGGAAGAUGAAUACGUGGCUUGGCAUUUUCUAUGGUUAUAAGGGGCUGCUGCUGCUACUGGGCAUUUUUCUUGCUUAUGAGACCAAGAGUGUAUCCACUGAGAAGAUCAAUGACCACCGGGCUGUGGGCAUGGCCAUCUACAAUGUGGCGGUCCUGUGCCUCAUCACUGCGCCUGUCACCAUGAUCCUGUCCAGCCAACAGGAUGCAGCCUUCGCCUUUGCCUCUCUUGCCAUAGUUUUCUCCUCCUAUAUCACUCUGGUUGUGCUCUUUGUGCCCAAGAUGCGCAGGCUGAUCACCCGAGGGGAGUGGCAGUCGGAGGCACAGGACACCAUGAAGACAGGGUCAUCUACCAACAACAACGAGGAGGAGAAGUCCCGGCUGUUGGAGAAGGAGAACCGCGAACUGGAGAAGAUCAUUGCUGAGAAAGAGGAACGUGUCUCUGAACUGCGCCAUCAGCUCCAGUCUCGGCAGCAGCUCCGCUCGCGGCGCCACCCUCCGACACCCCCAGACCCCUCUGGGGGCCUACCCAGGGGGCCUGCUGAGCCCCCUGACCGGCUUAGCUGUGAUGGGAGUCGAGUCCAUUUGCUUUACAAGUGAGGGAGUUUGAGGGAGGACAGGCCAGGAGGGGGAGGGAAAGGGAGCAGGGGAAGGGGGCGCUUGGGAGGAGGCAGGGGAUCUCUACCCCUAGAUGGGAAGAACAUGCCACCCCAUCCCAUCUCUUGUAAAUAUGGGCCCCUCUGUGAGGCUGGGGUUGUCUGGGUCUCCAAUACUCUGGGAACCAGACCCUUUUCUCUCUUAUUUAUUCAUACAAUUGUAUAUUACUACUUCAUAAUUUAGUUUGUACCUCGCUUGAAGCUUCUCACUCACUGGCUCAUUGGCAGCCUCACCACAUACACCUUUCUCUUCUCUACAACACCCUCUGUCUCGUUGCCACAGCAACCCUGCAGCUAUCUCCCUUGCUUUUGUGCUCUGCUCCCAUCCAGCAGAGGUCUCCCCAAAGUGCCCUUUCUGCCUCAACAGGGGCCUCUCCAUUUCUCUCGCCAUCAUAAUCUCCUUCCAUCCACAACAUCCACAAGUUUUGUCCCUCCGGAAUUUCGCUUCUUAAGGGCACUCAUUCUUCUUGCCAAGGCUCACAUGCUCUUCGCCUCUGCCCUGUGUGUGCUCAUGCUUCCCAACAUACGUGUAUCCUCCCCUCCCCUGUUUGUUCCAAUUGGACAUGCUCAUGUGCACACAUGCUUCUCACGUGUGGUUUCUUCCCCCUUCUUGUGGUCACAUGUGCUCCUCUGUAUUCCCUUUACUCGUAGUUACCGCAUGCCCCUCUCGUGGUCAUGGGUGUGCCCUUGUGAGUGUGUGGGUAGGCGUAUGCCAUUUGUCUGGCAUGCUGAGUUGUGUCUUGCGUACUUUCACACAUCCACAUUCAUCUACACAUUUUCCCUGUGUGUACUCACGGUACCUUGUGUACCCUUACCGUUUGCACCUUAAAAUCAUUGUAUUCUUCCAACAGAGCCAUAUGUGCCCACCCUGCACAUCGUUAUGCACUUUUCCCCAAUUCAUGUGCAUGGGGCCAUGCACACCCUCUCCUCAUCACACUUGGCUUCUGCUAGAACUUUCCGCCCUCUCCUUUGUGCUCAUGUACCACCCUCAGUCCACAUUCACAAUCAUCUUCUCCCAAGAUUGCUCCCUUUGGCUUUGUGUUUAUCUGGGAGGAUGAUUAAGGGAGAAGAAAUAGGGGCAGGUUUGGGGAGCUGCUUCUAGUGGAUAGUUGGUAAGAAUCCUGACCAAAGGAAGGCACCCUUCACUGUUGAGAUGGACAGAUGGACUUAUGGGUGGGAGGUGGUGUCCCAUUCACACUGCGGUGUCUCUUAGGGAAGGAUCUUCCCGAAUCUCAAUAAAGCAGUGAACAGUGUGACUCA